GCCCGGCGCGGCGCGGCGCAGUCGGCUCCAGCGCGCAGGGCAGCGCGGAGGUGUCCUCGGCCGUGCCGCCUUCCGCCGCCGGGCUGCGCCGCCAGAGCCGGGACGCGUCUCCGCGCCCCUCGCCGCCUCCACCCCGCGGCCGCCGCUCCGCUCGCUAUCGGCGCGGACACCAUGACGAAGAAAGAGAAGAAGUCCUUCAACCAGUGCAUGGCCGAGUGGAAGCUCUUCCUCUACAACCCGACCACCCGGGAGUUUCUGGGGCGCACCACGAAGAGCUGGGGUUUGAUCUUGCUCUUCUACCUAGUCUUUUAUGGCUUCCUGGCUGCACUCUUCUCGUUCACAAUGUGGGCUAUGCUUCAGACUCUGAACGAUGAAGUUCCAAAAUACCGUGACCAGAUUCCUAGUCCAGGGCUUAUGGUUUUUCCGAAACCAGUGACUGCGUUGGACUAUUCAUUCCGUGUGUCUGAUCCAGAGUCCUAUAGAGGAUACGUAGACGAUCUCACCAAAUUUCUAAAGUCAUACGAUUUAGAAGAACAGAAGAAUCUCACAGCCUGUCCCGAUGGAGCCCUUCGUGAACAGAAGGGGCCGACUUAUACUGCGUGCCAGUUUCCUGUCGUUUCCCUUAAAGGAUGCAGUGGUGUGGAGGACCCCGAGUUUGGCUACUCCACAGGAAACCCUUGUAUUCUUGUGAAAAUGAACAGGAUAAUUGGAUUAAAACCUCAAGGAAAACCGAGGAUAAAUUGUAUUUCGAAGGGUGAAAAGACAGCCACUCUAUCAACUUAUCCAUCUAAUGGAACUAUAGACUUAAAAUAUUUUCCAUAUUAUGGGAAAAAACUGCAUGUGAGGUAUCUCCAGCCAUUAGUUGCUGUCCAGGUGGCCUUUAAUACUACCAGUACUGGAAAAGAAGUAACAGUCGAGUGCAAGAUUGAUGGAUCACCCAAUCUAAGAAACCAGGAUGAUCGUGACAAGUUUUUAGGACGAGUUGUUUUCAAAAUCACAAUGCAUGCAUAGUAGGCAUUAGGAUAUCUCCACAGAGUAAAUGUUGUGUUGUCUGUCGUCAUUUUGUAUCAGCUGGACCUGCCAUUCUAGAAUUAUGAGACCACCUUGGAGAAAGGUGGGGUGGUACAUGACACUGGGGUAACAUCAUAACGUGCUUCCAGAUCAUAGUGUUCAUUGUGCCCUGAAGUAACUGCCUGUUGCCUCUGCUGCCUUUCGAACCAGUGUACACUCACCAGAUAGGGACCGUGAACACCUGAUUCUGAUCAUGUAGAAUGGGGAAGGGGCUUGUUGUAUUUUUAUGUGGUUUAUUUACCAAGUGUCUAAAGCUUAAUGUGCUGUGCUAUGUAAAUAUUUUAUAGAUUUAACACUGGUUAACUGUCAUAUUUUGAUGCCAGCAAAGUUUUAGGGAUAAUAAAUGGUACCUGACCAAGAUAAGUGACUUUAUAGCUGCAAGAAAUGUGGUGUGUGGAGAAGUUCUGUAUGUGAGGAGGAAAGAAGAAAAUAAAAGUGGAUUUAAAAUGUCUUGGAUUUUUUUGUAAAAUUAUUUUUUACAUGACGGAUUAGUCUGUGGAUCUCUUUGAGUAAGAGCAUAAACUUUUUGUUGUAAAACAUGUAAAAAAAAUAGCAAUGGGAUUAUUUUUAAUGCUGGAACUGUAUCUCUUAUAGAUUAAAGUAGUUUAGACCAUAGAUGAAGCAUAGCAUUUUUAGGUUAGCCGAUAUGAAUAUCUACUUAAUUUUUUAUGAAAUUAAAUUCGUAAGAUUUAAAUUGUACAAUAGUUUGUGAAAUAUCUUGUUACUGCUUUUAUUUAGCAGACUGUGGACUCUAAUAAAAUAUAUAAAUGGUGAAAUAUAAAAA